UGCUUUUGGAAGGACUUCCUCGACGGUCAGCAUUCAUACCCUCUUUUGAUUGUAGAGCAAUCAAUCGAGGCAUAGAUUCGUUCUAGCAGAGGUUCCAUCACUCACACCGCUGUACUACGUGCAGUACACGCUGGCAACCUCAAGUAUCUACAUACGCGUUCCAACACCCGGUUCUUUCAUCUGCCGUUCGACCUACCCACAAGGUGAUCGACAAUCAAGCUGACGAUCACUUCUAAGCCCUCCAAAUCACGCUCACUACUGCUAUCACCGGUGGCGACGUCUCCGCCACUCUGCUGCGCCUGUUGUUUUCCCACAAAUGCCUCUUGCUCUGCCUCUUUCGUGCCUCCCUUUCGCGCAAACGCUGCCGGACCGCUGUUUGGACCAGCUGUUGCCGCCGGAGGCGGAUGAGCGGCGGGAGACACUUGGCCCCCAGAAGAGACGACCUGCUGAGUGA